AUGGCAGACAACAGUUUCUCGUCGAUGGUUCUUCCUCAUAUGACUUACUUAUACGAAAACUUGGAUUUAGGCUGGCGGCUCGUGAACGCUUUAUGCGACGUUGGUCUUCUAACGUGGGACAACCGAGAAGAAGUGAUGAAUCAGAAAGAACCUAGAACUGCUCGCAUCAACCGACUUCUCAGUGAAAUAUUGCCCUAUCGAGGGCCAGAUGCUAGUGAAAGAUUUGUGGAAGCGUUGAAAGUGUCAAACCAGAAGCACGUGGUGGAGAGACUGAAAGAGGCGCGUAGAUUUGGUGGAUCAGAACAUGCUAGAGAAUUAGAUAAAGAUGCAAUGCUUCAGAAACCACUCGAUGACGAUUGUAUUCUCUAUAUUGGUCCGCACAUCGGCAGAUGGAGGUCACUAGCGAGAUCAUUGGGAUUCACUGAAGGACAAAUCGAGAACAUCGAGGAAGAUUUCUCUAGAAACCAAGAAGAGCAAGGAAUACAAAUGCUACACAAAUGGGUAAAGAAAGAGAGCACAUUUGCUACAGUAGGAAAAUUGGCAGCAGCAGCUAAGAAGAUAGGAAAGGGUGACAUUGCUCAACUGUUAGUCACAUAUGUGAGAGAUCAUGAACAUGUGUGAUACGUAAUGGAGUGGAAUGGAGUUAUAACGAAAGUUGUUACGUCAUAGUCUUUAAUAGCGAUGAUUUACUGUACAGAUAUGUACAAAUGUAUUGCUACUGACUCAUAGCUCUUAAUUAACUUUUAAGGUUUUAUACGUUUUCUUUAGCUACUUUCCGUUUUUAUAAGUAGAUGCAGCAUGCAAUCUGUUAAUGUGAAGUGAUUAA